AUGAGAAUAGAUCAUAAGUCAAAAAAUAUCAUGUUUGGGAGAAAUAGGAUCUUCUUGGAUAUAAGGACAGCUUUUUGCUCUCCCUUGCCCAACUACCACCUCCAGACAACCAGUAAUACACCGCCUAAUGAUUUGGAGAUGGGAAAGAGCUGGGCCAUGCGUUUAUCACCUGUUCUUUUCCGACAACACAUAGGAUGGCAUUUCGAAAAACAUUGGAGAGUACAGGGAAAACGAAAGCCUGUGAAUACAGGUGUUGAAAAAAAUUUGAUACGAGCAGGGCUGCAAGUUAUCAAACCAGAAGAUAUUUUGAAAGAGAAAAGAACUUUUGAGAAAGUUGAUGUCAUUGGCUUUAAAGAUAAACCACAACCUUUGAAUGCUACACAUCCAGAUUGGCAUGACCAAGUAUUGCUCACAUUUCGAGACAACAAUGUUUUAGUUGAAGGAUUGCCGCAAGCACAAGUACUAACAAAUACACUGAGAGAAGAAUUAUCAAGUAGUCAAGAAGCCUCAGAUGUGCCAGAAGAUGUUAACCAACAUAUCAGGACAAUUAUUUUGAAUUCACAUUUAUUUGAUGCUGAGCAGAAGAAGUUGCCAAAGUUGAAGGACCCAGAACGCCCUGCAUGGAAUUUUCCCAGAGUAUAUGGAGUUACACAAGAAAGAAGGAAUAAGCUCAUCAUUUCAAAAUUGCUACAAUUACUAGAAAGUAAGAAUCCUGAUUUAUCAAAGGAUCGAUACCUAUAUAGAGAUCUUUGGUUUUCCUUGCCAUUCCAAAGAAACAGUGAUCAGAUACAAUUGACCCUUACUGCUGAUGCUGUUCUUGCUUCUGCAAAACCUUUAUCACCAGUUAGUCUUGAACCCACAGAGAAUUUGGAAUUACCAAACAUUUUCCCAUUUGAACCAACAGUUACAUUAAAUAAAGAGAACAUUUAUAAGUUACAAAAUAUAUAUCCUAUAAAGUCGAGUCUCAAAAAAAACUGUCCUCAUACAGUAUUUGUCCAUUAUGAUGGUGAGAUAGUUAAGAAUCUUUUUGAAGAAGAAGUAACAGAAACUCAGAUAUUUGGAAGAACUCUAAUGAAGGGAUUUACAGUAGCGGCAAGUUAUGCAAGAUCAAAAUAUGGAGAUUUAGUGAAAAAGCUUCCUGAACCUAUUACAUUGCAAGUGGUGCAAACUAAUGGAAAAUUCUUCCAUUUUGGUAUAUUUCAAUUGAACACCUUAGACUUGGAUAAUGGUAGUGUGAAAAAUUUAUGGUAUCAGGGGCCACUGCAAUAUUUGUUUGAGGAUUGUUGUUAUAAACUUGGCAAACCAGUUUUAGAGGGUUAUAAUAAUGAUGUUGUGAAACAACUUUAUGCUUUUUAUUGUAACACAUAA